UUCCUGCUGGACCAGGGCCGGACGGUGGGGGCGGAGGGCCGGCGCCUGGCCAGGGGCCCCCGCGAGCUCUUCCUCCUGCCCUCCGAGGCCCUCGCCUGCAUCGUGGCUGACCUCCUCCCCUCGCCCUCCUGCCCAGCGCCUGCGCCCUCGGGGGCCUUCCUCUUCUGGGCCCCUGCGGCCCUGGAGUUCCUGAGCCAGCUGGAGGGGCAGGAGGUCUGUGGCGUGGCCCGGGAGGUGCUCAUCCCUCAGAGGCUGGUGGUGCUGGAGCUGCCCUGGCUGCUGGCGCAGAUGCUCCGCCUGGGGCUGGCCGGCCCCGCCUCCCCAGCCGCCUUCCGCGCCCUCCUUCAGGCCUCCCUCGGCCUCGGACCCUGCGGAGCAGAGACAGAGACAGCCUUCUCCUCAAGCAGCCGCGCCUCGGGGCCCCAGCCAACUCCCAACAGAGCCCCCACAGAGCCAUCGCUGUCCUCUUUCCAUCCAGCUGCCACCUUUGGACCCCACGGAGCCCCCACAGGACCAGAGCCAGCCUUCGCCUCCAGCAGCUUCGCAUCAGGGCCCCAGCCAACUCCUGCUUUGGGACACAACAGAAACUGGCCAGGGCUAGAGCAACCCUUCUCCUCUAGCAGCCUCGAAUCAGGGCCCCAGCCAACUCCUGCCUUGGGACCCAACAGAAACUGGCCAGGACCAGAGCAACCCUUCUCCUCCAGCAGCCUUGCAUCAGGGCCCCAGCUGACUUCCACCUUUGGACCCCACAGAGACCUCACAGGGCCAGGGCCAACGUUCUCCUCUUUCCAGUUAACUCCCACCUUUGGACCCCACGGAGAACAGCCAGGGCCAGAGCCACCCUUCUCCUCCAGCAGCCUCGCCUCAGGGCCUUGGGCCCAGCCAACUCCCACCUUUCGAUCCCAUGGAGACCCCACAGAGCCAUUGCCUUCCUCUUUCCAUCCGACUCCCAGCGCCGGACCCCCUUUGGAGUACUUCUUCCCACAGCUGGAGAUGAAGGUGACGGAGCCCAUCCUGGUGACGCAGAUCUCGGACCCACACCGCAUGUACUGCCAGUUGCGCAGCCUCUCCAAGGAGAUCGAGGCCCUUUCGGAUGCCAUGGGCCGGGCUCCCCCUGCACCACCCCAGGAGCCCUUGCCCAAGCCAGGCUCCCCCUGCGCCGCCCGUGGUAUCGACGGACGCUGGUACCGCGCUCUGCUGCUGGAGAGCUACUUGGGAGGUGCUCCGGAGAAGCAGCCGGGAGCAGUGGCCCAGGUCCUCUGCGUGGAUUAUGGAAAGAAGGAGUUUGUCACCAGGAAGAACCUGCGCCGUCUGCCGGCCGAAUGCUUCCGCAUGCCGGUGGUGACCUACCCUUGUUCGCUGCAAGGCAUCACAGACCGAGGGGCCGGCUGGUCGCGUUCCCAGAUCAGUCAGCUCAAAACGUUGCUCUUAGGAAAGGCCGUGCAAGCCCACAUUGAGGCAUACUGCCCCCUGGAACAUCUUUAUUAUAUCACUCUCUAUGGGGAAGAUCACCUCAACCUGAACUAUCUCUAUGGGGUAGAGGCGCAUUGCCUGGCCCAGAGCCUUCUGCACAGCACUCAAGAGUACUCCUCCGAACUCAUGACAGAGCUCAAGGGUGACCCAAGCAAGAAUGAGGACCCUGGCUCUUCGCUGGAAGCGCUGCCCACGCUGGCUGCUGUCCUGCUCCCGGCGGUGCACCUGAAGGCUGGGGAGUAUCACAGUGUCCAGGUGACCUUUCUCCAGGACCCUACAGAGUUCUGGAUCCACCUCCAGGAGCAUCGCCAGCCUCUCUGUUAUCUGAAGCAGAACCUGAAUGACUUCUACUCUCAGACCAAGAAGCUGGAAGGGGUGCUGCUAGAGCCCAGGCCAGGCUCUCUGUGCUGCGUCAUGUUGAAGGAGAGCUCUUAUCACCGUGCCCUUGUCACCAAAGUGCAGGGGAAGGGCAUUGAGAUAUACUUGGUGGACAAGGGAAACACUGAAAUAGUUGACCUGUAUAAGGUAAAGGAGCUGCUUCCCCAGUUUAGAGAGCUUCCUGCCGCAGCCCUCAGGUGCAAGUUGGCUAAUCCUUCCCCAGGCCUGAGAUGGAGUCCAGAUGCUAUUGAUUACUUCAGGAAAGCUGUGGUAAACAAGGAACUGGUGAUCAAGGUCCUAGGCAUGCAAGGAGACAUCUAUGUAGUAGAACUUUUUGAUCGUGCCCUGACAGGAGAACAAAACUUAGGCAAAAUUAUGUCCCAGGGAAUAUAUGCUGAGCAUCAUGAGAAUGUACAAGGAAAGAAAGUCCAGAAAGUGACAGAUAGGCCAUUGAUGAAAGCUCCUCAAGGAGAAAGCAUUUUGCAUCAGUCUAGUGAAGGCGCUUGCGGUUUGUAUCACAGAACAGCAACUGCAGAAAAGGAUUGUAACAUUUCCCCAAAUCCUUCAUCCUGUGCUGUGCAAAAGUACUCUGAAAUAGCACCAGGAUUUUCUUGUGAAGAGCAGGUGGAAGUUGGAAGCACAGUAGAUGUGAUAGUAUCCUAUACAGAGAGCCCUAGUCUCUUUUGGUGUCAGUUAGCUAAAAGCUCCGAAGACCUAAAGGCACUUAUGGCUGAAAUUCAGGAUUAUUGUGUUGAAUCAGUACAGCCCCAUGACUGGCCAAAUCCUAUAUGUUUGGCAAAGUAUUCUGAAGACAAUAAAUGGUAUAGAGCUCUCAUCAUUAGUAAAGUAAACAGCACAAAAGAGGUGGAAGUUGCCUAUGUUGACUAUGGGAAUAAAGAACAUGUUUCAGUGGAAAAUGUUCGUGCAACAAAGGCAGAGUUUCUGAAACUGAAAGCGCAGGCUUUUAGAUGUAGCCUUUACAACCUGAUUCAGCCAAAGGGCCAGAAUCCUUUUAUUUGGGAGGAAAAAGCCACUGAAGCUUUUCAAGAAUUUGUGGACUCAGCAAGCAAAAGGGAACUAAAAUGUACUAUAUUUGCCUUAGCGGCAUUAAACAGUACAGAUCUCUUUAAUAUUGUGGAUUUAAUUACACCUUUUGAAAGUGUCUGCCAUUUUUUAACAAGAAAGGGUUUAGCCAGAUCAGUGCAGCCUCAGAAACCCCUGAUACCAUCGGUUCAACUUCUCUCAUACUAUUAUUCAACACAUGACCUCAAAAUAGGAAGUGAAGAGAAAGUUUAUAUUACUCACGUUAAAGACCCUUGCUUCUUUUAUUGCCAACUUGCUAGAAGUGCACAUGUUCUUGAACAGCUAACUAAAAGCAUUGGUAAACUCCGUAAAUCCUGGCACAGUUUGCGGACAUCACAGGCCCCUGGACGUUUAUACCUUGCAAGGUUUACUGAUGGCUGCUGGUAUAGGGCAGUAGUAACUUCAGCAAAAGCUAACAAAGAGGUCUUCUUCAUCGAUUUUGGGAAUACACAGUUGUUGAAGAAUGAAGACCUGAUUGUUAUACCAAAAGAUGCUUUUGAGUUAUUCCUGCUGCCAAUGCAAGCCAUAAGAUGUUGUUUGUCUGACAUUGAUGUAGAUGUAUCAAAAGAUGCUGCCGAGUGGUUUAAAAAAGCAGUUCUAGAUAAACCUUUAAAAGCUGUGGUUGUAGCAAAAGAACCUGAUGGGAAACUAAUAGUUGAACUGUAUGAUGGUAAAAUGAAGAUCAAUGCAAAAUUGAAAGAGGUGGCAGGCUUGCAAGGCAGUCAAAGGAUUUCCCAAUAUACAAAAAAUGAAGCUUCAUUGUCUAAGUAUUCACCCAGUAGAGAAACACAAACUGAAAAAAGACCAUCUUUGAUGGACAUUGUUAAACCUAUUUCUGAGAGCAAGAGAGGGUGCACUGAAAAUAACAAAAUACUGGGUAGUAUUAAACACAGUUCUUGGAACAGAGAAGGAAGACAAGUGCAGAAAACAGAAAAGGGGGUGGCAAGAAGAUUUCCUAAACUGAUGGAAGCAAUUGACAAAAAGGAUCCUGUAGCAGGUAGGAAGGGCAGCAACUGUGUGCCCCAUCUAGAAAGAGAGAAGAAAGCCGGUGUUGAAAACAGAAAUGAAAUUAAAACUAAGGUAUGCUUUUCAUGUAAAAAUAUAUGUGAUCUACCUCAAAAACACAUAAACCCUGGUCUUAAAACUUCAGUGUAUAUUUCACAUAUAAACAACCCUUCUGACUUUUAUGUUCAGCUAGUAGAAGAUGAGUCUGUGCUUAACAGCAUUUCAGAAAAACUAAAUUCUGAACGAACGGAGAGCCUUCAUGGGGAGCAGCUUCAUGUAGGAAACUUACUGUGUGCAGUUUUUCCAGAAGAUGGCUUGUGGUAUCGAGCUGCGGUCAUUGAAGAGCCUUCUGGUGAAUUGGUGAAUGUGCGGUACAUUGAUUAUGGGAAUACUGCGUUAAUUGGUAUCUGCAAAACAGGCAGGCUUCUUGAAGAAUGGUCAUCCUUCCCGGUCAUGAGCAUUCAUUGCUCGCUGGACAGAGUUAAGACUACACACCAAGUCGAAUGGACCCAGGAAGCAGUACUGAAUUUCUCUGAAAGAACAAGUGAAAUUCAAAUGAACUGUGAAUUUGUGGAGAAAAGUGAAGGCAAAUGGGAAAUUCUUCUCUGUGACAAAAAGGGUAAUGUAACAGUAGAUUUGAUUAACGAUUACCCUGAAUGCCAAAAGCCUCUUAUGGGGGCCCAAAAAGAGAACAAGGCCGAUUUGAUAAACCUGUGUGAAGCUGUUGAUAACCAUAGCAAAUCUUCAAGUGCCAGGUCUUUUCACUGGAAGAUACCUGAAAUAGGUCAAACUCUGAGAACAUUUUCAGUAGUUGCAAAGAGCCCCGAAUAUUUUUGGUGUCAGUUUACUGAGACAGAAAAUAUUGAUUCAAUUGAAAGAAUGCUUCAGGAGGCUGAAACACAUGAAAGAAUAACCGUGGAUGAGAUAACAAGAGGUUUCCCGUGUCUAGCAAAGUAUAGUGAAGAUGAUACAUUUUGCCGAGCAAUUGUUAGCAAUGUAGAAGACAACAUAUUUACAGUAAUUCAUAUUGAUUAUGGAACUGAGGAAUGUAUCAAUAAAGAAAUGAUCAGGGAGAUUCCUGAUGAGCUGUUAGCAAUGCCACCUCAAGCAUUUCUGUGUUGUCUCUUUGGUUGUAGUGCAAAGGAAAGUUCCUGGACUGAAGGAAUAAGUAAGAUCUUCUUUGAAAUGAUAGCUGACUUUCCAUUAGAAGUUACAGUCAUAGACAAAAAAACUCAGAGCCCUCUUGAAAUUCCUAUGUUUAUUGUUAAAUUAGAAUGUCGAAAGCUAAGCAUUAAUGAGCAAAUGAAAUCAUUUUGGAAGUGCAACUCUGAAGACAGUGACUCCACUUUAGCAAAUAUUCACAGCUCCGAAGAACAGACCGAAGAUGCAGGAGAGAGUUCAAAGGCUGUAGUAUCUGAAGCUGAAUCAUUUUGUUCAUUCACAUCUGCCCCAACUAGUACUGCUUUAGAAGAUUUGCUAAGUUAUUCGGAGCUAUUACAACCCGUAUGUCCUAGUUCAGUGGAGGGGAGCUCAACUUCACUCACUCACCAGAAAAGGCAGCACUGGAAAGCCAUUGAACAACAGCCUGCAUGUGAAGCUCUUGGUAAUGAAACAGACCAUUGUGCACCUGAAAAAGGCAAUGAGAUAUCGGCUUCUGCAGCUACUUUUAAAAUGCAGCUUCCUGCUAGUAAUGAAACUGAAGUCUUAGAACAAGAUCCCUUUGAUGCCCAGGAAGAGACUGAAAGCCAAGCAGAAAUACCAACAAAAAGUGCACUUGAAGUACACUUGCCUUCAGAUGACACAGAAGGCUUAUCAGACUCUGUACCUCCUGUACCAGAUGAUAGUCUUCAGAUACCAAAGCUGGACAUAUUAGAGGAGCCCUCAUUUGAAGAACCUUUGGAACUGGAGGCGACUGAAAGCCCUUCCUUGUAUGGGGAACCACAGCAGAGAUCAACAUUGGAUUUGGUUGAACUUCCAAAUGUGGAAGAAGGACAAAUGUGGAAGAAGGAUAAAGUGGAUAGUCCAUGGUGUCCUUUACAGGCUAACAAAUGGACGGAGGACAUUUCCCUGUUGGGAAAUGAUCUGCCUGCUGUAGUGCAUCCUGCAAGUAAUGACAUUCAGUCGUCAUGUUUAGAAACUGAAUUAAAUCCACAAGACCUCUCUUGCAGCAAAGGCCUUGUCAAAGUAGAUGAAACACUACAAGAUACUGUGAAAACCUGCUGUGUAGAAUGGCAAACUCCUCUGGAAAAGAGCUGCAGAGAAACACAGAUGAAUCUUAAUAUGUGUGAAAACAUGAAA